UGCUCUGUCUUUCCUCUAUAUAAUCCAGCUAAUUCUUGGUCAUGUGAAGCAACAAUCUCUUGUUCCUUGUUAUUUUUAUCUUUCUUGUUGAUAGUUAAGAAACUCUUGUUCCUAUGGCUUCUUUAACCCUUGGAGCUCCUAUAAGUGAGAUUUUCAAUGUAAAAUACAGUAAGGCUUUGCAAUUUAGACAUGGAAAAGGGUUUGUUAAAGAGUGUUUUCCGAAGAAGAAAGCGGUGAUGAAUGUUUCCAUAGAGGAUGUUGGGGGAGGUUCUCAGGUCAGUAGUAUCCCGGCCAUGAAAACUGAGGCAACAAAGAAGCUCUCGGCUUGGCAAAGCGUACCGAAAGAGCAUUGGACAGGUGAAUUGGCCGUUGAAGGCGAAAUUCCAACAUGGCUGAAUGGGACAUACCUGAGAAAUGGCCCCGGUUUGUUCCACAUUGGCAAGUACACUUGCCAACACCUAUUUGACGGUUAUGCAACAGUCAUCCGCCUCCACUUCGACAACGGCCGCCUCAUCGCAAGCCACCGCCAAGUCGAGUCCAAUGCAUACAAGGCAGCGAAAGAAAAAGGGCGCCCAUACUACCGUGAAUUCUCUGAAGUGCUGAGCGAUUCCAACUUCCUCUCUCAAAUUGGCGAGCUAGCUGGCCUCUUAACCGGCACUUCUCUCACCCUCACUGACAACUCCAAUGCUGGUGUUUUUAGGCUCAACGAUGGUCGAGUACUAUGUAUAACAGAAACUGUGGCGGGCGUAGUGGAGAUAGACCCUGACACCCUCGAGACUAUCGGAAAAUUCGAAUUUUCCGAUGGGCUCGGUGGCCUAGUCCAUGCUGCACAUCCUAUUGUAACUGAUAACGAAAUGAUAACUUUGAUGCCAGAUUUGUUUAAGCCUGGGUAUAGGGUGCUGAAGAUGGCUCCGGGUUCAAAUAAGAGGGACGUUAUUGGGAGGGUGGAUUGUAAAGGGGGUCCGGCGCCGGGAUGGGUGCAUAGCUUUCCAGUGACCGAUAAUUAUGUAGUGGUGCCGGAGAUGCCUCUGAGGUACUGCACAAGCAACUUGUUAAAGGCCGAGUUUACACAGCAUUACAAGUUCGAAUGGCUCCCCGAGUCGAAGGGCUACAUGCACAUCAUGUGCAAGAGGAGCGGGAAAGUUGUAGCAAGUGUGGAGGUGCCAUUAUACAUAACAUUCCACUACAUAAAUGCUUAUGAGGAUCGCGAUGAGGAUGGGCGCCUCUCUGUCGUAGUCGAUUGUUGUGAGCACAAUGCAGACACCACCAUACUCCACAUACUCGAGCUGCAAUCCCUCAGAAAGUAUAUUGGCCAGGAUGUGUUGCCUAAUGCUAGGGUAGGGAGAUUUAGAGUUCCAUUAGAUGGGAGCCCAAAGGGAACCCUGGAGUCAGCCGUAGACCCAGAUGAACAUGGAAGAGGAAUGGAUAUGUGCAGCAUCAAUCCUGCUUAUAGAGGGAAGAAAUACAGAUAUCUCUAUUCAUGCGGUGCCCAACGUCCAUGCAACUUCCCAAACACUCUCACAAAGAUUGAUCUGGAGAAAAAGACUGCAACGAAUUGGCAUGAUGAUGGUGCUGUACCCUCAGAGCCCUUCUUUGUACAAAGGCCAGGUGCCAUAGCAGAAGAUGAUGGUGUGUUGAUCUCCCUAAUCAGCGAGAAAGACGGUGGUGGAUAUGCACUCGUGUUGGAUGCGACCACCUUCAGUGAAGUUGCCCGAACAAGACUCCCCUAUGGUCUUCCAUAUGGCCUCCAUGGAUGCUGGAUCCCGAAAAAGUGAAAUACUUGGAAGAAACAGAACUAGUCAAGGAUCUUGCGGGAGAAUGGAAAAUAAGACCUCUGAAAUAUUCAGGCCCUUUCUUCUCCGGAUAUUCAGCUCUGCUAUCUUUCAAUUUCUUUUGUCAACCAGGUUCUAAGUCAAUUAAGAGUGCAAAUAUGGUGCCUUAUCCUUGAGUCUGUUACUAUUCUUUAGCCAAACUUGACUACAUAAGUUUAUGAAAUUCGAAUUUCUCAAU